GUUACCAACAACAAUAAUGGCGGCCUACAUGCAGACGUUUGGUUUGGGAUUUUAUGUUCGAUAAAUUUGCGAAUUACAAACGAAACAGAUUAGAAGGUGUAUUGUAAGUGUCACAAAAUAAUUGUUUUGCACAGAGAGCACAAGCCACACAUCAGUCAAAAUGGAUGAGAGACACUGGUGGAUAGCCAGUAAAAUUCAAGAAACUUUCAAAAUCGGUGGCUAUGAUAAUCCAACAUUGCUAGAGGAUUUUAUGAUAGAAGAAACGACACUUGCAAAAAUUAACAAGUUUCUGAAAGCAGGUGGGCCAUGUCGAUUAUUUUUUUACUGCGAGAAACCAGAGACUGGCAUCGUUUCCACACGAGAGCUUCAUGUAACAGGGACACUGGCAUCUUUGAAAGACACAAAUCUGGAACAUGUCAACAUUUUAUACUUCUUACGUAAUCGUGUUGAUAAAGAUGUCGAUGGUACAAGAAUGGAAAGAGAUAUAUUUUGUGGGGAACUGAAGCAUAAUACAAUAGAAACUCUUACAACAUUGUUGUCGGAUGUUUAUAUUCCACUAGUGAAAGCCCAGAAGGAUUGGGGUGAAUGUAAUCCAGAUGGACAGAAUCAGCUGAUGAACAAUAUGGACAAGUUUCUAACAGCUCUUAAUGAAUCAACAGCUUCUUUACAGUCUUCAAAGCAAAUGAUGUUAAAACAACCAGACCACAUUGUUUUGAAUGAUUUCAAGCAGCAGAGGGCAGCAGCCUUGGAUCCCCAGCUCAUAAGUCAGUAUGAAGAGCUAGUCACAGAAUGGAUGAAUACAAUUGAAGCUGUCCUCACAGAUACUUCUGAUGAAAGAAAAAUGGAUGCUCUUUUCCCAGAAAGAUCAAGAUUCAUGGAUCCUAACGCUGGUCCACUGUCGGAACUUGAGCGAUGGCGUAGACGUCAGAGGUUACUUACCAACAUCACUGAACAGUUGAAAGGAAAAGAAUGCAAGGCAGUUAUUGGUGUUCUCAUUACUGCAAAGUCAAGAUUGCUGAAAAAAUGGAAGCAAAUAGAUGCUGCAAUUACAGAUGGAAUGAAUGAUACCAAAGACAAAGUGAAGUUUCUUGAGUCUCUGAAGCGGCAUUUUGACCAACUGUACAGCGUAGAUUCUACACCCUCUACUAUUAUAAACACUGCCAUACCAGGCCUAUGUAACAGUGUCAAACAGAUGGACUCUAUAGCCAGAUACUAUGCUCGCACAGGAUUUCUCGGACUUAUGUUUACAAAGGUUACUAAUCAGCUUGUAAUGGCUUGUAAGGAAUACAUCAAAAACUGUACCCUGACAAUGGAAGAUGAUGAUCUACUGUGGGAUAGAAUACAAGACGAGAUUGAGAUUCGUGAUACAUCAAACACUGACGUUGAUCCAAAAAUAAAACUUCUGAAAAGUCAAGUAGAAUCAAAAUUAAAGCCUGGUGCUACUGGAAGAAGUAAGACAAAGGAAGGCCGUGACCUUGGCCUGCAUGAUGACACCUUGUAUGGAAGGCUGAAAGCCUGUCUUACUCUACAGGGUUUCUACAGAGAGACGCUGAGAUCCCUACGAGAUUCAAUAGGCCAGUCUUCAAACAUGUCACACUUCCCAUCCCUCAGUAGUGUAGGAGGGCCAGGAAGCUUCACAACCAGAAAAAAUGGAUUUCUUGUCAGAACAAAGUCAAGUCAUAUUGGAUCAAACAGAGGAUUACUAAGUGGUACGUCACGAGUGACAGGGUCAUCACCUAAGAAAGGGGUAUCAUCACUGUUAGCUGAUGUUCAAGGUCACGGUGUACCAAUGACAGAUGAGGAAGCUAUCAUGUCACAUUUUGAUUUGUUCUGUAACAGGAUAAGACAGUUGAUAGAUGUCAUCAAUACAUUAGCCCAGUAUACCAAAAUGACAAAGUCUACACGUGGAGUGCCAAAACCAAGGAAAGAAGAUCUGGUGAUUGAUGAUGGUUCAGAACAGGAAGAAUGGAGAAAAUACAAGAAAACCGAUGAUGCCAAACCUAUGCCAAAAAUUGAAUUUGAAGAGGAAGACCCUGACCUUGCUCAGGUGAAGGUAAAGAUGGCGUCUCCAGACCGUAGCCUGAGGGUGAUUGCUGAGGACGAGGAGGUCAUAGAGGAAGAAGAUCUGGAAUCGGUGAAAGAUGAAAAAAAACUAGAUAUAUAUACUGCAGUAGAACCAGGUGAUGAAGUAUUUAAUGUGGCAGAAAACAAUCAGGGUCUCACAGAGGAGGAAUUAGCAACACUAAGAAAAUACUAUCCUGAAGAUGAGGAGGAUGAAGGGCCAGCAAUUUCUACAAUUAUUGCUGAGCAUUUGACUAACAUGACACAGUCAUUGAGUGAAAACGUCACAACAAAAACUAUGCUUGAUGUAGAAUCUAAGGACAAAGACAGGUUUGAUGAUCACUACAGUAAUUUUUCAAAGAUUGUUGCUGAUGUGGAGAAAUUCCUUGCCUCUUAUUUACACGUUAUCUUCUGUCGGAAGAUGAAAACACAACAAGGUCUGGAUAUUAUCACUAGACUUCAGGCAGUACAGAAUAGGCCAGGUAUUCGAGCAACACUAGCAGAGAAGUUUGUAGAAACUUUCAACUGGUAUGAAGCAGAUCUGGAAGAGGUGCACCAGAUAUACGAGCAACAUAAGGAAAAUCCUCAGCUUGUUCGGAAUGCCCCUCCUGUAGCUGGGGCCAUCCACUGGUCAAGACAGUUGUUGAAACGUAUCGAGGAUCCAAUGAAGGUGUUCAGAGAUAACAAGGCCAUUACUCAGCUCGGAGAUUUUGGGCGUAUAGUUCGUAUUUACAACAGACUAGCAACAGCACUUGUUACAUUUGAAAGUCUAUGGUUUACCCAAUGGAAGGGACGUAUAGACCAAGCAAGGAAUGGAUUGAGAGCAACGUUGUUUGUUCAUCACCCAGUCACAAAUGAGAUUGUUGUCAAUGCUGAUGAAAGAGUUCUAGAGUUAAUUCAUGAGGCAAAGUGGCUGACCAGACUUGGAAUACAGGUGCCAGAAUCGGCUGCAGCAAUCAUGGCACAGGAAGCAAGGUUUAAGAACUAUAAAAGUCACCUUGAACUUGUUCUAAAUGACUACAAGGAUGUAUGUAAUGCUAUUCCAGAGCCAUUAAGGAAUUUGUUCACCCCUCAUACAGAAUAUGUAAAUCAGCAGUUACAACCAGGACUGAACACUCUCGCCUGGAACAGUAUGAAUAUUGAUGCCUUCCUACAUCAGAUACACUCUGCGACAACAAAACUGAAGAAUAUGCAGAAACAAGUGAAUGAUGUGAUGGAGAACAAAGUAUUCAAAACUCUCGACACAAUCACAAACUUCUAUCUCUUUGAUCAUGAACUGGCAUUUUCAAGGGCAUGGCCUCCGGAGAUGUUCCGGGAAGAAAUGCUGCGUUCAGCAGAGGAGAGAAGUACUAUGUUACAAGACUAUGUAGAAACUGUCAUGGAAGGUCUUCAAACUGUCUCCAACAUCCUUGCUGUGAAGAAGGCAUAUUCUCUUGUUGGAAUGUCCAUGUCCAAUCUGUCGGCAACUGCCUUUGUAUCAAAGAAGAAAGCGAACUCAAUGGAGAGUGUGAAAAAAUGCAUUACGCCGGACCCACAUGGUAAGGGUAAACGUGUGUCAGUGAUUGUUGAUCCUGAAGAAAUAGAGAGGGAGAGAAUGAAGGCCCAGCAAGAGGAACAACUUGUUCUUGAUCUCAUUGCAUAUUUCCGAGACCAUGUGUAUGAAGCUGUACUGUCAGCCACUUCCCGGUCUCUGGCUCUGUUGGCAGAGUCCUGUGGCUGUGACAGUGAGGUUGUCCGUGUGAUUAGUGCCAUGUCAAACCAGUCCAGUGAUGCCAGUACUCCCUCACCGAGAAACUGGGGUAGCAGGUCUGGAACCCCAGUACAGGAGAAUGAAGGACGUGCACCAUCAGCGGCUAACUCCCGCCCACUAUCUAGUCUGUCCCAGUUAUCUUCUAUGACUUGGACCACAGAGAAAACUCACCAAGUUACCUUCCUACAAUUUGAAGUGGAGGUGAAGUUUAGUAUUCCAACAAUUACUGUAGAACCAACAUUAGAUGUAGCACAAACUGCUGUAGCCGACGUUGCCAAAGGUGUUAUUGAAUCCAACAGAAAUAUUGUAUGGAUAAGUGAACGCGGAGAGGAAAGUUUCUAUGAUCUCAUUAAUGAUGAUGAAAAUGUGGCAGAUAUGAUGUCACAGCUAGCUAUAGUUGUACAAGAUUUAGAUUCAGUGGUGAACAAGCACCUGUUUCAUUUCUCCUACUACAACUUCCUGUGGAAGGAUGACAUGCAUGGGAAUUUCAAGGAGUUUAUAACUAGUGAUCCAGGAAUAUUUGCAAUAAAACGAGAGGUUGAAAGGUAUCUGUAUAUAGAGAAGAAGGUGUUAGGAAUUCCCAGAUCCCUUCCUGUGGGCCCAAUCUUGUUACAGACAGACCCUAUCAAGGAUGCACUUCAUGGUUUCUCUAUGGCCUGGAAGACUCAAUUUGCCUCAGUUCUACAUGAGGAAGCAAAGAAAAAAUUAGACCAGGCAGUAUUGUACAGAUCCAAUGUUCGUAACCGACUCGAGCUUCAUGUACAAACUUUAGAUCAGCUGAAUAGUGCACUACAUCUUCUAGAGGAACUCAGGGAUAUGGAGAACAAAAUUGAUGGCAUUUAUCUUCCUAUUGAAACUAUGUAUUCAAAGUUACGUGAGUUUGAGCUACGACUGCCAAGACAAGAAGUUGAAGAAGUAGAUGCACUCCGAGAAAACUGGUCUGAACUGAUGGAUCUAGCAGAGCAGGUCCGAGAAGUGCUUCUCAAAGAACGACGAGGAGCAUUUGAGCAGGAACUUGAUAAACAAGUCAAGACAUUUGUUGUUGAGGUGAUCCAGUUUAGGAAUGCCUUCGAUGCUCAGGGUCCGGCGGUUCCUGGUAUUCCUCCAGCAGAAGCUGUGUCCCGGCUGCAAGAUUUCCAACAGAGGUAUCAACUGUAUGAUUCCAAGAGAAAAACACUGGAUUCUGUAUCUAAACUGUUUGGCAUUCCUUGUAAACCAUUUGCAGAGUUAGACAAAACAGGGGAGGAAUUAGAUUUGUUGAGCCAGCUGUAUGGACUGUUCCAGAAGUUUAUAAGGUUUGACACUCGAUUCAGAGAUACACUGUGGGCCGAAGUUGACCUUGAUGCUUCGUACAAAGAGGUUGAGAGUUAUUGGGAUGAAUGUCUAGCUCUACCCAGUAAACUGAAGGACUGGGACGCAUACAACGACCUUAAAUCAAAACUACAGACCUAUCUCGAGGUGUUCCCACUCCUUAACAGUCUAGCUGCCAAGUUACGUACGGGUGAAGAAACUCCAUCUAUUCGGGAAAUCAGGAAUCGUCACUGGUUACAAGUGAUGCAGGUUACAGGAAGUUCCUUCCAACUGGAAGCCAAUGUGUUUAGACUAUGUCACCUACUGGACAUUGGUUUAAUCAAACACAAGGCAGCUAUAGAGGAGAUAUGUCUGGGUGCGAGCCGAGAACUGGAGCUUGAGAUCAAGAUGAGAAUGACAGAAGAAGAAUGGACGGAGCAGGUGCUGGCCUUCGAGCACUACAAACGUCGUGGACCUAUAUACCUGGACAAAGUUUUCACCGAGAGAUUGUUGGAACAGCUGGAAGAUGCUCAGGCUUUGCUUGCUAAUAUGCUUACAUCAAGAUAUAUUGGCCCACUUAGAGAUGAGGCAGCCUCCUGGGCUGAGAAACUGAAGGAGGUGGCCGAGGUGCUUGAACUCUGGUUAGAGGUACAAGAUCUGUGGCAGUACCUGGAAGCUGUCUUCAGUAACCAAGUAGCAGUUAGGGAGUUACCACAGGAGGCAAAGAGAUUUGCUCGUAUAGAUAAGAGCUGGACUAAGAUGAUGAAGCGGGCAUUUGAUACCAGAAAUGUUCUUCAGUGUUGCUAUGGAGGGGAGGUACCUAAGGCAGUACUGUUACGACAUGUGUAUGAAGAAUUGGAGAUCUGCUUCAAGUCACUCGUUGGUUACCUUGACAACAAGAGACGUGUGUUUCCAAGGUUUUACUAUGUUUCUGACCCAAUACUGCUGGCCAUCUUGAGUAGACCAACUGAUCUAGAAUCUGUUAAACCACAUCUUAAGUCAAUAUUCAGCAGUAUUAAUGAUGUUAAACUAGAGGAGACCAGGGCAGGUCCUAUGGAGCCCACUGAUGAGGUAGGGUUCCCUGGUUCAGCUGGAGGGCUUAGAUCUACAACCCCACACAGCAGGGCAAAGACCUCUAGCGUACUCUCUAAUCAAAAUAGAGGUGAAACACCGCCUAAGAUUGACAAGAGGCUUACACAAGUUUAUAAAAGAAAGGGAUCUGAUUCUGAGAAAAGAAAAUGGUCAUUGUCAGAUUCAGAGAAAGAUCCUUGGUCAGGCAUAAUGAAUCAGUAUGUGAAUCAAAUAUCAAAAGUGGAGCCUUCCCGUAUUAACAUGAAUCCCAGUGCUCUCCAACAAGGACCGACGUACCUGCCGUCAGAAGGUAUCAUGGAGGAGAUAGUUAUAAAAGAUGCUGUGUCUGUAUCCAGUGCGGACGGAGAGUCAUUCGUGCUCAGUGAAAAGGUGACAUUAACAGAUGAGGUUGAAAUAUGGCUGUCCAAACUACGUGACUCUGUAUGUAAGACUAUACGAGAGAUGAAUAUAGGUAUCAUACAGGACUGCAACAAUGGUGUCGCCAUUGACGAGUGGGCAGCAAAGUACCCAGCCCAGGUAUGUAGAAUGGGUAUGCUGUAUCACUGGACUAAAGAAUGUGACCUGGGUAUUGCUGAGAUCAAGUUUGAUAGGAAAGCUCUUCAGGGAGCACUGAAGAAAUACAUCAGCACAGUGUCCAAGCUCCCUACAGUAUUAGUUAGGGGCCAGUGGAGGAACCUAGAGGACCCAAUGCUGCCAAUACACAAAAAUAGACUGGAAUGUAUGAUCACGACAUCACAGUUCCUGCGAGAUGCACUAGAUCAGUUGUGCCAAAGAAAACUGCGGGAAGUUUCAGACUUUGAGUGGCGUAGAAGCAUCAGAUGUUAUUAUCAACCAAUUGUGGACGAGGUGUUACCUGCUUGUAGUAGAGAUAGUAACAGCAACUCGCCAGAAAUGUCUGAAGAAAGAUACGAACCUCUGAUAUGGAUAUUAGAUACCUCAUACCAAUAUGGCAAUGAGUUUUAUGGAAUGAAUUCUGGUGUGGCCCUUACACCAGUCACAGAGAGAUGUUUCUUAACAAUGUCACAGGCCCUACAGAGGUACCAGGGCAGUGCUGUCACAGGACCAGUUGGUGCUGGCAAAACAGAAACUGUAAAGGGAUUGGCCAAUGUUCUAGGUCAGUUUUUAGGAGUAUUCCAGUGUUCAGAACAAACAGACCCAACCUCUCUAGCCAAGAUCAUCCAAGGCACUGCAAUGGAUGGUUGUUGGUGUUGCUUUGAUGAAUCUCAGGCACUGGACAGGAUUGCAAUGGCUGUCAUGUUUGAGCACCUUGAAGCUGUCACCUUUGCCCUCAAAGCCAGACAUGCAUUUGCCACUCUUACAGAUGGACAAGAGAUUCCUAUCAAGAGAAGUACAGCAGUACACAUGACCAUCAACCUGUCGGACACCACGCCUAUAUCCACCCAGCUAGCCAAUGAUAUCCGUCUGCUGUUCCGACCUGUGUCUGUCAUCAAGCCAGACAUGGGCAUGAUCAUGCGAGCCAAGUCUGCAGCUCUAGGGUUCAAGGCACCUGUAGUGCUAGGCUCAAGACUUAAAGUUCUAUCAGAACUAGCCAAGGAUCAACUGCCAGCACAGAUACAGCACCAUUUCAGUGUGGAGGCCCUGGUUGGGGUGCUGAAGAAAGCUAUGAUGAAACGGAAAUACAUCAGGGAUGAGAAAACUCAGGACAAGUUAGAUCUGAAAGGAAAAGAGGAGACAUCGAGAUCUAACAGUCAGGCUUCGGAUAGUAGACCAGUGCUACCUCAACAAAGCUCAACUGUAACUCAGGGCAAUGUGAAGAUGGCAGCAGGGGCACACAGGAAGACAGGUACACCUAAUCCUAUGACAGCUGCAGGGAAAGUUGAACAUGCCAUUGUUGCACAGACCAUUGAAGAAAUCAUGGCGCCAAGACUGACAGGAGAGACAAUGCAGAUUUUCAAAAACAUUGUGAAGGACACAUUUGCUGCCCUACCAGAACCUCCGCCUGUUAUAGGUGCCAUUUCAGCCCGGACCCGUGGGUUUGACAUUGACCAAGCAUUAGAAGCAAAGGCCAAGGAACGUGGUCUGAUUCCCCAUAAACCAUGGCUUUCCAAGUGUAACCAGCUAUACAAUCUGUCCAGUAUACACCAUGGUUUGAUAGUAGCUGGUCCACCAGGCAGUGGUAAAAGCACUUGUAUUCAGACCCUUAUUGAUGCCCUGUCCUCGGCCCCUAAAGCCAGCAUGUCACGGGUCUCCUCUGGGAGCAAGGGGUCAUCAUCAUCAGAGAAGAUGCACAAGUUGAUCCGUAUCAACCCGCUGGUAGUGGAUGAAUCCGAUCUGAUGUUUGGCUACCUCACGCCCAGUAAUGACUGGGUGGACGGUAUCUUUACAAAUGCCUGCAAGAAAGCUAACAGGAAUUUGAGUAAGACCUGGUUGUGUCUGGAUGGCCCCUUAAAUACUGGAUGGGCAGACAACUUUAACAGUGUCCUCAACUCGGAUAAGGUGCUACACCUAAGGAAUGGUGACAAGUUAUUCCUCUCGGACAACAUCAAUAUCAUCUUUGAGACAGCAAGACUUCCGGAGGCUUCACCAUCCACAGUGGCUAGAUGUGGUAUACUGUAUAUUGACAAAGAUGUGGUGGGUUGGAAACCUAUUGCCAAGGCUUGGUUAGACAGCAGAACACCCCAGGAAAUACAUGAAAAGGAUGAAGCCAAGUUCAACACUACACACCAUGAUGAAAGUGUAGAAGCUAUUGACAAUGCUAUCAGAGAGAAAACUGUAGAAGGGGUGUUACAGCGUGCCUUCCAGAAAACACUUGAUCCUGUCAUCAACUUCGUCCUCAGUGAUGCUAAGCCAAGACUGAAGCUGUCAGAGGUUGGAAUGUUCAAGACGUGCCUAGGAUUAUUGGCGGCCAUGUUGGCAGACAAUAUUGAGAUUGGUGGCGAGCUGCAUAUUGAACGACUGUACUUGUUCUGUCUCAUCUGGACGUUUGGUGGACUUCUAGAUGCCAGUGAUCGUAAAUCUUUCAGCGAUCUUCUGAAAACACUCUCUACUGCUUUGCCUGAUGAUGAUCGAGAUAUCUGUGUAUUUGACUACUAUGUUGACGAGUCCGGAGAAUGGGAUCCCUGGAUCUCCCGUGUUCCUGAGGCCGUGUACGCAGACAAUCAGAACAUGCUAGGAGAGGUGUUUGUAGAUACUGUUGAUACAAUACGUACACGUAUACUCAUGGACUUUGCCUCAGCGUCAGGCCAGAAUGUACUUCUUGUUGGUCCACCAGGUUCAGGAAAGACAACUCUGAUUGAUGAAUUCAUGGAUUUUCAAGAUUCUGCUGAGAGUGUAUGUAAGCGCCUGGUGUUUUCUGGGGCAUCAACAGCCAAACAACUGCAGCAGUUUAUUGAAGCCAACAUCUAUCACAGACAAGGGUUUGUGUAUGGUGCCAAAGAAAACAAGAUGUUGAAGGUGUUCAUAGAUGAUGUGAACUUGCCCGUACCAGACCAGUUUAAUGUUCAAAGAUGUAAUCAGUUAUUACGGCAGUUGUUGGAUGACAAAGUGUUGUGUACACAGCAAAAACCAUUUGAGUGGAAGACGGUUGAGGGUUUGAACAUAAUCUCUGCUAUGUCAAUGAGUGAACAUCCCAGUGUGAACAACCAGAUGCUGUCCUCUAGACUUUUGCGUCAUUUUGCUGUUUUUAAUCUGCCAGGACCACAGGAUGAGGCUCUGAAGUCAAUAGUCCAUGGAAUACUCGAGGCUAAUGUUACAGACAACGACAAGCCAGGUUUAGAGAUAGAUUUACACAACAACAUAGUGAAAGCAUCGUGCCAGAUUCUCCAGGCACUGCAGACAGUGCUGAGACCCACACCGCUACCUGGCAGAUACCACUACCUGUUCACAUUGAAGGAUCUAACCACUUGUUACCAGUGCUUGAAGAGACUACCAGAUGAGUCAAUGGCAGAUGAAGUUAUGGUUGUAUCACUGUGGAAACACGAGAUGAACAGAAUCAUUCGAGACAGAAUUUCUCGUAGCUCAGAUCUCAACUGGUUUGAUGAGAUAAUGGAAAAAACUGUGUCACAGUAUUGGCCUAAACUUGACUCUCCAUUACAUGAACAUUUUGUGACAUUCCCAACAGAUGCCAGACUUUACCAGAGACCAGUCACAUCCAUGGGUGCCAAACACUUCAAGAUUCAGUUGCAGCCAGUGGAGACAUUGAGGGAUCUCCAUUCAUGUCUACAUAUGCAUCUGACAAGAUAUAAUGAGGAGUUUGGCAAUGUCAGACUCAACAUCAUGUUGUCAGAUUUUGUCAUUGCUCAUAUUGUCAGAUUACAUAGAGUGCUAAGUUUCCAUCAUGGAGGAAACAUGCUUCUUGUUGGUGCUGUAGGGUCACACCUUACUACCCUCUGUCAGCUAGCUCUACAUGUAGCAGAUGUCACAACAUUGAAAAUGGACACAUCCAAACAAAGCAAUUUCUUUGAUGGUCUCCGGUCAGCAGUCAGACUUACUGGGUCAGAGGGCAAAAUAUUGACCCUUGUAUUCACAGCACGUGAUUUGGAAGAUCCAGUGUAUCUAGAUGCUAUAAACAGUGUACUGAUCAGUGGUGAAUAUCCUCAUCUCUUCUCUAACGAUGAACUGGAAGGCCUGCUGAUGGCUAUUGGACCUUCAAUGAAGCGAGAGUUCCCCAGCAUGUCUGUCGAUCCUAUGAAGUUCUUCAUUGCACGUGUGAGAUGUAAUCUACACAUGAUUAUCUGUAUACAGCCUGGACAUCAACUUCUAAAAAUUGCCUCAAGACAAUAUCCGGGCCUACUGAGUGGCUGUAACAUCAACUAUAUGUGUGACUGGCCCCAGGAAGCUCUACUGGGUGAGGCUUCAUACUUCAUCACCAAGAACCAGCUCACUGAGGAGUUUGAAGAUCUUGGUGAGCACAUGACCACAUGUCUAGCAAACAUCCACAGUUUUGUGUUACGUGACUGUCGACAGAUGCCCUGGGCAGGAGACCUCAAUCCAGAAAUCACCCUCUCAUCUGUUAAACAACAUGAGAAGAAAAAGGAGCAGCUGAAAGUCACAAGUUCCAAAGUCCCAAAUUUACCAUACUCUAAAGUCAUACUGCAUGAAAGAAUCAGAUUGAAGCAUAGAGGUACAGAGAUAGCAAAGAACGAGGUGUUUGUAGGACCCACAACAUUCAGGAGGUUCAUGGACAGUUUUAAAUACCUGUACACUGUCAAAUCCAAGGAAAGAACACAAACUGUAGAUCAGCUCAAGAAAGUUCUUGCAACACUUGACCAGACUAGAAAUGAUGCCAAAGUGAUGAAAAAGGCAAUCAAGAAUACAACAGGAAAGUUUGAAGAUGCUAAAGUCAGGACAGAAGAUUUGUUGGAGAAACUGACACACAAGGCAACUAUACUGGAGAAACUGAAAGCGAAAGUUGGUUUGUCAACAUCACUGGAUGCUUACCUACAUCUAAACGAAAUGGAAGCUGAAGAGGUAGAGGAGGAUGAACUCCUUAAACAAGAGGAGUAUGAUGACUAUGACCGUGAGUUUGACAAGAUGCGUGAAGCAACACUAAAGACACGCGGUGUCCAAGCAAGAGAAGAACUUACAACUGCUAAAACUCAGUUGGAGGAGUGUAGAAAACAGCUGGAGUAUGCCAGGGAACAGGUGCUACACUGGAAAAGCAAAGUGGACAGAAAUGUGAUUGAGAGACUGCGAGGAUUCACCAGUCCCCCAGUCCUUGUUGGCAUGGUGAUGGAGAUGAUAAUGAUCCUGAUUGGUAAACGUUUGCCAUCACAGAGGAUUGAGAUGAAAGACUAUAGUGGUAAAGAUGACAACAUGUCCAGUAGAAUGUCAUCAAGCUCCAGUGGCACCAAGAUCGUAAAGAAAAUGGAAUACAAAAUAGCGGGUAAGAAAGAUGAGACAGGACGUGUGGAUCGGGUUCAGUGGAAGGCGACAGUAAACACAAUGUCUGACUCUACGAAGUUUGUUGACAUGUUACACAAUGUAUCCUGGGAAGAUGGACUCCCAGAAGAUGUACUCAGGGCUGUUGAGAGUUGCCUGUCUCAGGGUAAAGAUGGGGAACUUGGUGUCACAGGAGAAGGUUCCCUCCUAGAAAAUGCUCAAGAUGUGAACAUUCAUGCCAAGAAGAGGACACCAUCGCCUGACAAUUCUAAGGGUAUAACAAUAGCCGGUGCCAAGUACUCCAGCGAAGAUUCUGCUACGUUGGUACAGUACACGAUAGCCAUUGUGGAAUAUACAAGGAGAUGCGGACCGUUGAAGGCGGCUCUUGAACGCAUGAAUGAACUUCAGCGGGAAAUUGAAGAAAACGACCGGCUUCAGAAAGAAAAGGAACAAGAGGCAGCUAAAAUUUUAUCUAAGCGUCUGAGAUUCGCCAAAGUUAAAGGAAUGUCAGCCUUGUUUAGACAACCGAAACCGGAGGAGAUCCAGAAAGAGGUGGAGGUUGUUCCAGAGGAGGUGUACGAGGAGGAAGAUCUACCUCGUAUACAGGAAGAGGUCAACCAACUACAGGCAGAGUUUGAUCAGGCCGUCGUUGAGAAACAUUCUCUUGAAAUGGAACUUAUAUCCAUGAACGAAAGGCUGAAAGCUGCAACAGAAAUGGUUGACAGUUUGAAGGGCCAGGAAGAAGAUUGGAAACAACAUGUAAAGGACAAUGAUUCUAAUGAACUGUUACUGGCUAACUGUAUAUCUGCAGCAGCUUUCCUCACUUACUGUGGUCCACAUAACAUGGAUACUAGGAAGCGUAUGGGUGAGUUCUUCAUGCAGGUGUGUGAACAUCACGGUAUGCCAUUACCCAAGAGAUGUCUCUUCAGAAACAUACAGAUGGUUGACUUCCUGUAUACACAGCUGGACAUAAUGCACCUAGAGAUUCUACGUCUGCCCACCACACCACUGAUGCUGGAGAAUGCUUGCUUCCUGAUGCAAGGGGAGAGCAUUACUGCCUGGCCCCUGGUCUGUGACCCCACAAGCAGGAUCAUAGAAUGGCUCAGGUUCAAGAUGAAAGAUAAAGGACUGGUUGAAGUCAGAUAUACUGAAAUACGCUCACAAUUGGAGAACUGUUUAGCAGAUGGUAGCCCUUUGUUGGUCACAGACUGUGAUAUCCAGAAAUUGGCCAAGGACUCUAGAUUUAGAUAUGCCAUACAGAGAUGCUCAGACUUCAUCAAUGGCAAAAACAGAUUUAAAAUUAUUGUUGAAGACCAUGAAGUGGAGUGUGAUCCAAGAUUCCGCCUGUACCUGCACACCACAGUGGAACCCCACAUGGUACCCCAGCAGCUGGCAGCCUACGCCUCUGUCAUGUACUUCCAGCUGUACAGGAAGGAUGUAGAGGAGGAAUUGCUCAACAGGUUUAUGGCUCAUGAGAAAUCUAGACUGGAAGAUGAACAGACAGCACUAAGACAGGAGAGACAAGAGAACAUGGAGUUCCUAGACAAACUUGAGAAACAGAUGAGAACUAACCUAUCCAGUGAUGUCAGACUCAUGAAUGACCUACAGGCAACAAAGAAACUAGCAGAACUCAAGAAACAGUAUGAUGAAACUGUUGAAACACAAACCCGUGUUGAGAUGAGUGAAGGUUCAAUCCUGAAAGCUCGUGAUGGAUUCAGGUCCAUUGCUCAGAGAGCAGCAGUAUGUUUUGAUGUGACACAGUACAUGCGUGAAGUUAAUCCUCUCUACCAGAUCUCUUAUAACAGAUACCUUGAUAUAUACGAUGCUGCCAUUAGCCAUUCUGAAAGAUCUGCAAUUAAAGCAGUCCUAGAGAAAGUAACUAGCAGUGCCUACUACUAUACUGCUAGAGGGUUGUUUGAGAGAGACAGAUUUAUCUUUGCUCUUCUGCUUGCAAUUGAGGUUGAAGACUCCCUAGAUCGUCUUGGUCCAGGUGAGCGGGAAUUCCUUAUCUCCCCUGACUACAGUUCAGUGGUGAUGCUCUCCCUUGGACACAUACAGCAGUCACAGGAGAAUAAGAUAGCCCAGACAAAGAAGCCUUUUGAUUGGAUGACUGAUGACCAGUUCCACAAUCUACAAGUCCUGGCAACACAUUUUGAAUGGUUUCAGGAAAUGUUUGACCGUAUGCCAAAAGAUGGGCGUGAGACCCAGUGGCGUAACCUAUGUGAAACGGACAGUCCUGAAACCACACCUUUGCCAGACAAGAUGGACGAGGUGUAUAAACCUAUGCAGCGACUGUGUGUAGUUCGAGCAGUCCGCAGUGAUAAAAUCAUGCAGGCUUCUACUGUGUUUAUAAAUGUUGUUCUCGGCAAAAAUAAAAGAUUGAAAUAUGCAAUGAGAAAUGGGUAUUAUGGCGAUGUAGGAAUUGAUUUACCAGCCUUGUUACGUCAGAGCUCUCCUAUGGUUCCCAUAAUGCUAAUGUAUACAAGAGAAGCUGAAGUUGCAGUGAAAAUGUUCAAUGACUUUUCUUACAAGAAACAAAAUAAAACCCUACAAGUGUCAAUAACAGACAAUAAUCCAAAUACAGAGCGUACUGCUAGAAAGUAUAUACAAAAAGGCAUGGCAGAGGGAAUGUGGGUUUUGUUGCACAAUGCCCAGAAUGCACCUCAAUUACUGCUGUCGCUGGAGAGUAUACUGGAGGAAAUAUCUGCCUCCACCCCACCAGACCCUCAGUUCCGGGUGUGGAUCUCGUGCCAAGCCAUCCCAGAGGUCCUUCCUAUCAGGCUUAUACAAAACUCUGUCAGGACUAUCCUAGAUUCUCCAAAGGUUAUGAAAGACAGUAUUGUGAGGUCGUUCAGUAACUUUGAGCCAGACAUCCUGAAGCAGUCAACACGUGCUGAGUGGCCACUGAUGUUACACAAUCUGUGUUACUUACACGCUGCCAUACAACUUAGAACAAGGUUUGGCUUUGGAGGUUGGAACAGUCCAGUAGAUUUCCAUCAUAUUGGAAACUUCGAAAUUCAGGAAUCUUUGAAUUUUAUAACAAGUGAAUUUAAGGACCAGAUUAUGUACACAGCACCAGACGGUACCCAGCAACCAAGGAUUACAUCUUGGACAGGGAUAAGAUACAUGUUAUCUGAGGUCAUAUAUGGAAGUUACUCGACAGAUGUCAAUGAUCAGCAGAGCCUGAGUGCUAUGGUAGACUACUGGGUGUCUCCUACAGCAGUGAAGAAAGAUUUUGAAGUUGCCAGAUUGAAGUACCGUCACCCUUCUGCCUUCUUUAAUCCAAACAUACGUCUGAACUCCCUUAUCCAGGCCUUAGAAGGGAUCAAUUACCACUUCUUGGAUGUUCCUGAGGCAUGCCAUAUACAUCCUAAUGUUGAGAACCAUGAAAUAUCUGCUAUGACACUGCUAGGAGAUGACCAGUAUGUGUUUACACGCCUGAAUCGUGUAUUUGAUGGUAUGCCUUCUACAGACACACUGUCUCACAAACUUUUCCCACGACCUCCUUCGCCUUUUGAAGGGCCAGCUCUAGCUGGUAUUAGUGCUCAGAGUAACAACCCGUCAGUGGUAGGACAGGGAGUAUUUGCUACUGCAAGUUUCGCCACCUUCAAGAUGAGGAAAGAUGUGGAAUUGUGGGAAAUUUGUUUCACAAUGCUACAAAAAGUGCCAAAAGCUUACAAUAAGGAUUAUAUUGUUGAAAAAGUGAAGAAGCUUGGAGGAUUUACAACAUUUAAUUGUUACAUCAUGAAAGAACUAGAAACUAUGUAUAGACUUCUCACAGAAAUUAAACAGACACUCACGAUGAUAAGAAAUGCCUGCGAGACAGAGAGUCUAGGAGACCAGGUAUCUGAGACAGUUUUGUCAGCAGCUGAUGACUUGUAUCACCUCCGUAUUCCACGUGUCUGGUGCAAGAUGUCUGGUCCCUCAGCACCACCACUCACCUGGGGUCUUGGUUCCUGGCUGAAUGAAAUGCAGAGUAGAUGUCAUCAUUUUGAAAAGAUUCUUAUACUGGGGCGAGAAAAGAUGCCCGCUUACUGGUUGGGUGCAUUCUUUAAUCCUCGUGGUCUGCUGGCAUUGAUAAAACAAGACUACAUUAAACAGUAUUCUAGUGACAGGUCUGGCAAUUUCGAGCAGUUUGUGUUCCAGACAGAAGUCACAUCUAGGGACAAGGAUCACUUGAGAGACCCACCACAAGAAGGAAUGUUUGUUUAUGGUAUUUACAUCUGGGGAUGUGCGUGGGAGAAGACAACAGGGGAGCUACAAGAUGCCCCGCCCCGUAGUGGGUACGCUACCCUACCCGUUGUCCACCUUACUUGUUGGCCAGCAAAUGAAAAACCAAUAUUACAGGACAGUAACAGAGCUGCAGAAACGUAUCAGUGUCCUGUGUAUGCCUCUAGAAUAGCAACACGUGAUCCAAUCAUGGAGCUUGAUGUCCGACGCGAGGGUAUACCAUCUGCUAGAUGGUCCCUUAGAGGCCUUUCUGCUACAAUCAGACCAUACUAGAGGAUAAAAAAUAUGAAAUAAACUUUUAAACUCCAGUAGAUAAUGAGAUGCAAGAUAUAAGAUAUUGAUUUGAAAUGUAAAAUGUAUCUUUACACAGAGGUGUAGAAUUUCUGAGAUAUACAAAUGGAUAUAAAGAGGUGUAGAAUAUCUGAUAUACAAAUGGAUAUAAAUGAAAAAGGAUGGUCUGUUGUUGAGGAGUGUGUGUGUUUCGAAACACCAACAAUGAAUGACAAAUAUAAGAAUGCAGUGCUUUUUGACUUUGUUUAAACUUUAUUUGAAUGAUAUUAUAAUUAAAUCGUUCUGUUCCAUACUGUAAGUUGCAAUUAAUGUGGCUGCCAUGUUUAUGUGUUAUUGACUAUAUACUAGUGAUAUUUGUCACAUAUCAUAUUUCUAUUGUUGUAUAUCUGGCAUGACAUAAUUUAUCUUGAAAGAUUACAUUAUAUUUUAUUGUGACUGAUAAUAUAUACAUUAUAUAUGAUUGCCAAAGGAUCUGAAGUGCUUCAUUCCGUCCAUACCUGUUGUUUUCAUUCCAUUUAAAAUGUGUGUGAUAUUUCACUCUAAUACAACUGUAUAUUAUGUUAAGAAUUUGUUACUUAUGUGAUAAUGUUACUGCUUAUAUAUGUUUUAUAUUUCUAGUUUUGGAUGCAGAACAUUAAAACUUGUUUUGCACUUACCCCAUAUAUUUAUGUUUGUUAAUAUGUUUUACUGAAUAUUUAUUUCUUUAUUGUUUAUGCUUUGCAUGUAUACAUUUGUUUUGUGUUCUUAUUGUAUCAUUUCCAUAUCAGUAUUUUUUUUAUUUAUCAAGAUUUAUCUCGAUUAACUCGAUGGGAAUAAAUACUUACCUCAAAGUUAUCUUUGUAGGUUCGAGGUAAUGAUAAUGCAGACAUGUUUUCUGUUCGUUUUGAAACUACAGAGUAAUGCUAUGUAACAGUCUGUCCAUUAAAAAGGGAUAUAAUGUGUCACCAUUUCAUUGUUUAUUUCUUAAUUAUAUGUUACGUUUUGUGAAGUUGUAUGAUUAGUGGUGAUAAAUGUUAAUGAAUUGUUUCAGAAUUCUUAUUGUGCCUUUGAAAACAAACUGCUGAUAAUCUUCCCUGCUGAACAUUUUUAAAGCAUUCAAAUAAAGAAAUAAAUUACUUAUUUAGUAUCAUUCUGUUAUGCAAUACAAUGAUUGUUUUAACAUAUACAUGUAUAUGAAAUAAAAUUGUUUUCACUUUCA